UUGGUUUUAUCAGCCAAAGACAAAGUGUAGGAAAAGUAAAAGACGAUGGUGAAAAUAUCCGUGCUGCAGCAUGCGCCCUCGGCCCACCUGCCAAAUCGUCCCGGAGAUCCUACCCCUACAUCGAGAAACUUGGAUCCAUUGAUGCAUCCCUUUGCCAAAGCAAGAGAACGUACCCGUGCGCUUAAUGCAGCGAAAAUUGAACGCAUCUUCGCGAAGCCGUUCGUCGCAGCGCUGGAAGGUCAUCUGGAGGCCAUAGAAACAAUGUCACGGAGACCGGAGUCUUUGACCGCAGUUGCCAGCGGCAGCUGGGAUGGAGGUCUCAUUGUGCAUGACAUUGCCGAACGCACGCAUUUGAUGCGGGCAAACGAGGCACACAAGGGCAAGGUCACCGGUGUCUGCUUCGCCGAUGAACAUCGGCUCCUGAGCUGUGGAGUUGAUCGCAACGUUAAACUUUGGGAUAUACGAGAAGUCGAUGAGAAUGGUGCGGGCCCCUCAGAGUCACGGAAGCCUUUGAGCAUCUUCCCCGGAAAGACCGCUUUUAACUCAAUAGAUCAUCACCGCUCGGAUCCCCUGUUUGCGACUGCAUCUACUAUAGUGCAAGUCUGGGAUGAGACAAAGAGCGCACCAAUAUCCAACCUUACCUUCCCCACCUCCAUUGAGACGAUUUCUGUGGUAAAAUUCAACUUGGCAGAGUCAUCAGUCCUCGCCAGCAUAGGCUCCGACCGAACAUUCACUCUAUACGAUAUUCGUACUGGCAAAGCCGAACGGCGCGUAGUUAUGCACAUGCGGAGUAACGCUCUCUCAUGGUCACCGACGUUCCCCACGUCCGUUCUUCUGGCUUCGGAGGACCACAGCCUCUACACAUUCGAUGUUCGCUCCCUCAACACACCCACGCAAAUAUACAAGGGCCACGUCGCCGCGGUCACAUCAUGCGACUGGAGCCCGACGGGGCUUGAGUUUGUUAGCGGUGGCUGGGACCGCACUGUGCGGAUAUGGAAAGAGGGUGCCGGGACGCGCCCUGAAGUGUACCAUACGAAACGCAUGCAGCGUGUCACGUCGACACUGUUCUCUGCCGAUGCGCGGUUCGUCAUGUCUGGCUCAGACGACGGCAACGUGCGUAUAUGGAAGGCGAAAGCUUCGGAGAAGCUCGGCGUCAUUACCACGCGUGAGCGCGCUGCGAUCGAAUACCGCGACAGCCUCAAGGAGAAGUGGAAGUUUGAUCCCGAAGUCGGGAAAAUCCAACGGACCCGCCACGUGCCCAAGCCGGUGUACAAAGCGGCGCAGCUCAAACGGACGAUGUUGGAGGCACGUCGGGUCAAGGAAGUGCGCCGACGCAAGCAUACGCGUGCGGGAGCGAGCAAGCCGAAGGCGGAGCGGAAGAAGGUCGUUAUCGCGGAGCAAAGCUAAGGCCCACGUACUCUGCGUCUUCCUGUAUGGCUGUUGGGAUGGUGCUUCUGAACUUGUUCCAACCUCGUGGGCUCUUUGUGCACAACAAAUGUGCAGGCUGGUGAUCACGAGGCACACACGACAUUUUGGAUGCGUUUCUCAAUCAUUUCGAGAACGACUGUGCUGCAAGACCGCCAUUGCGCAUGCUUCAGCAACAUGCGACAAUCGACGGUACUUUACCUUGUUCAGCACGCGCACGCACCAGAGAGCAAGCCAAGACGUAAUAUAACAUCUCAAACUAAUCCGUAGUCUCUACCGCAUUACACUGAUUCUACCUCGGGGUCCAAGUAAAAUCCACUGGGAAGAUGAUCUAAGAUCUGGUCUUGAAGCCAUCCGCUCGUACACCAUGCAUGUCUCUGGAGCGAGAGGUUGGUCUCCCGAGCGUGCUCAAAGUCAACAAGUCUCCACUCGUGAACAUAGUUAUGGAAUGGGCACACGAGCCCUGGAAUACCCGGCGGGGAUAGCGGCGCUCUCAAGAUAUUCGUGUACCUGAUAUCAUCGGUCCAGACGCGCAUGUGAGCCAGGUCGUCAUAGAUAUCGUUAACGUCUUUGAUGAGGGAUUCAGGCAGCGGUUCGCCAAUGGGUAAGUACCCGCCUAGCCGUUCCAGAACUAAGAUUGAUAUGUAAUCCGGGAUCUCUUCUAAUUCCUCAACAUCCGAGUCAAUAGGCUCUCCUAAUUCGAUUUGUGGAUUUAGAGUCUUUUGAACACCUUCGUAGGGACGUUGCGGAGUGUUGUCAAUGAUGGCGGGCUCGUCAUCGCCGGCCGGAGAGUGGACCAGAUGAGUGCUGGCAGGAACCCGAGCGCCGAAAUGGCCGUAACACCGGGGUAUGGAGACACCCUGUAUCGCGCGCAUGAAGUCGUAGUAAUACGCAUCGUGCGCAAGCCCGGCCCGUUGUCCACGAUACGACAGUUUGACUACCAUGGGCGGGAGGGAUGAGAGCAAAUGGGGACUUGUUCCCUCACAGUUCACUGUAGCUUCGUAGACUAUCCCGGAGCGACCAUAUCCGAGCUGAAGUCCCAAGGAGAGCGACAGCAUCAGAUCGCCAGCUGGCGGGAGUGGCGGGAGUGGCGGACGGGUGUCCUCCGUCGCAGCGACGAUAGGC